AUGGCGUCUAAUAUAAGCGCCAAUAAUAUUGAUCUCAAAUUAAGUAAUUAUGAAAUGAAUGAAACCAUUAAUUGUAAUCAAUUUGGCGGACAAACCAAUGGCCGCACGACCGGUGGCCACACACUGGCCGACACCCGCUGUAACGGCACCAAUAGUUGCAACACUAGUAAUGACAUUAAACGUGUGAGCGAGAGUUGUGUCAACUCUACGGCGCCGUCGAAGAGCUGCUCCACAGACCAACACAUGGUGUCGAAGACAACCAACGCCUCGUCAAAGACGCCCAAAACCAAUGUGUUAUUAAACGGCGAGAAAUGUGUGAAAAGGUUGGACACAAAUGGCGUGAAAAGCGAUAAGACGUUGAAUGCGUUGAAUAAAUGCAAAAAUAAUACAAUGAAAGCGACGCCCAAUGAGACGACGAACACGACCUCGUCGUCGAUGGUCUCGUCCACAGUGUCUUCGGAGACGACAAACAAUUGUGUGAAUACUAAGGGAAAACAUAAGACAAUGAAUGGACAAAACGUUUGUCUCAAUAAUUGUGAUAAUAAUAAUGUCGUGAAACGCAAGUCAUUACAACACCAGUCGUCCAACCAAUCGAUGGUCUCUUCAAAUGAUCACAAAAUUGUUAAUAAAUGCGAAUCAAAAGACUUACUGAAGAUUAAGAAAACGAAUUCAACUAAUAAUGUGACAGAAAAUAAGGCGAAAAAAUCAGAUAACAAUAGCGUUGAUUGCAAGAGACAUAAAGUCUUAAGUAAUGAUAAAAACAAUAAUUUAAGUGAAAAUAAAGUCAAUUCGUCGAGUGAUGUGUCCGACAGUAAGACUGAGUCCGCGAAACAAUCAUCAAAUGAUUGCCAUAAAUGUGUUGCUGUGAAGACUGAAUGCGUCGACAGUUGUGUGACGACAAAUGGUCACGACAUGAACGCCAAGAGUAAAGACCCGAUGAAUAGUAAAAUAAAUAGUUCACAACAAACCGAUGGCCACAAAGUAGGCGCCAAUUCUGUGGCCAUCAAUGAGUGCCACUCUAUGUCUGGUGUUGUCGUCGACCAAAGCCAAGGCCACGACUCGAGACACAAACAGUUGUCCAACACUUCGGCCAAACCGUUGAAGAACUCGAUGUGUUCGAAGUGUCGCCGGAAGUCUGUGUCCAACGUUCGGAUUCAGUGCAAAAUGGAUCAGUACUUAUCGUCACGGCUGCAGACAUUUCCGCCAUCCAUAUCAUUGUCUCUAAUGACACCCCGACUCCCACUGCCGGCGCCCGACCUCUUGAACCUAAAGUAUGGGAAGUACUAUCGGGUGGAGCACUACCCGAACGGAAUGGCCAAAGUGUUGCACUUGUAUUGGGACGAAAUCAUGCACUUAACGCCACUCCAGAUGAACGAACUCUCCCUCGAGUUCCUCAAAGAGAGCUUUCGCGAAGAGGCGCCAAAUGUGGCCAAAUAUGUCAUCUCUAUUGUGCACAACGCGGCCUCAUAUAUGCCCGACCUCUUGGAGUUCUUCGCCGCCAGCGAACCCCACCUCACAGUCAAAGCCGGCGUUUUAGGCCAUUCCGGGUCCGAUAUCGAGACCACAACAAUGCAGGCCUACAGAGAAAAUGUGCACAAGAACUAUAGUAACGGUACCUUCAGGUACGGACCUCUGCAUCAAAUAUCAUUGGUUGGAACGGUUCACGAAGAAGUUGGCGGAUAUUUCCCUAAAAUGAUAUCACUGUUAGAAGAGUCCCCAUUCCUCAAGUAUGUCAUGCCUUGGGGGCAGAUGUCGGCCGUCCGUAUGGCUGAACCUCAGGAAUCCAACGACGGACCCAUCCUAUGGAUCAGACCCGGAGAACAACUCAUACCUACCGCCGAAUUGGGCUCAAAGACACCCAAAAGUGGUAAUAAAAGACAACAAAGCGAACUCAGAGGUCUGCAACUCAGGAGAAUCAGUGAACCCCGAGAGAUGAUGUUUGAAGACAGAACCCGGUGUCACGCUGACCACGUCGGACAGGGCUUCGACCGGCAGACGACGGCCGCUGUGGGAGUACUAAAGGCCGUGAAUUGUGACGAUAAUUGGCGAUACAAUCGUGUGACCAAAGAUGUGGUGGCCUUUCACGCGGCCGACUUCGAGCAGUUGACACAGAAGUUGCAGUUAGACCUUCACGAGCCGCCAGUGUCUCAGUGUAUCACUUGGGUUGAAGACGCAAAGCUCAACCAAUUGAGACGAGAGGGCGUCCGCUUUGCUCGCAUUCAACUCCACGAUAACGACAUUUACUUUUUGCCACGAAAUAUCAUACAUCAGUUCCGCACCGUUUCCGCGGUUUCGUCGAUCGCAUGGCACGUAAGGCUUAAGCAAUACUACAGGAAUGGAGAGUCAAAGAAGGACUCAAAACGGAGUUAUAAGAUGUAUGACUCGGCAGAGAAGGAGAGACUUAAGGACAACAAUAAAGAGACCAAAGAUAAGGAGAAGAUUGAAAAAGUGAAACGAAAGAUAUUCGGGUCCUCACAGACCGACGAGUCUCUGUCGCCAUCCAAGAAGAAAGUGAAACUUGUGGUCGAUUUAGCGCUGAAUGAAGCGAACAAAGAGGUGGACAACAACAGUGACCAACAGAAUGAAGAGCCCAUCGAGUGUUCAGUGAAAGUGGAAAACCCGGUGCACAUGAAGAUGCCCUCAGAGGAGAGCACUGACAAUGUGGUCAAUGAAUCGCACACUCAAAACGCAAAUAUGAUUGACUUAAAUGUGACUUAAAACUCGUUAUUUGCAACUCUUUGCCUAUUCAUCACAUUCUCCAUACAUUCACUUUGUUUUACAUUUCAUUUUAUUAUUUUCUAUUAUUAUUUAUUUAUUUAUUCGUUUAUUCAGUGUUUUUGAAGUUUAUUUUAAUUAAACUUCAAUAAAAUAAUUCUAAAAAUGGCAUUGAAUUGAAAUAAAUCUAUUAAUUAU